AUGAUAUCUUCACCCUCUCUCGCUGCUCCCAGAUCCCACCUCCGGUUCCCACCCCGCCUGCCCUCGUCCUCCUCCUGCCGCCGCCGCCUCCUCCUGCCCCCCCGCUGUGCUUCGGCGUCGCCACCAGUCCCCGCCUCCGAGGCGACUCUCUACGACGUGCUCGGGGUCCCGACGGGCGCCACGGGCGGCGAAAUCAAGGUGGCGUACCGGCGGCUGGCGCGAGAGUGCCACCCGGACGUCGCCGCGGCUACCGAGUCGUCGGACGAGUUCAUCCGACUCCACGCCGCCUACGCCACGCUCUCUGACCCGGAGAAGCGUGCCGAGUACGACCAGCGGGUAAUGGCCGCCACGGCGAACGCAGCGGCAGGGAGGCGGUGGACGCCGCGGCUGUCCUACUCGUGCAGGCCGUGCCGGAGGUGGGAGACGGAUCAGUGCUGGUAG